AUGGCCGUCACCUGCACCAACGGCGUCAAUGGCGCCGAGCCAGCGGCCAAAAGGCUCUGGACCCACCACUCCCCGCAGAGUACUCCUAUGCACGCUUUCCUGCAACACAUUAACAAAAAGUAUCAUCUCCAGCUCAAAUCUUAUGACGACCUUUACACCUGGAGCGUCGAGAACAUUGCUGCCUUUUGGGGCGAGGUCUGGCAUAAUGUUGGGAUCAAGGCUUCGCAGCCCUACGAACAGGUCGUCGAUGAGGCCGCGCCCAUGUUCCCGCGUCCGGAUUUCUUCCGCGGCGCCAAACUCAACUUCGCAGAGAACCUGCUGUUCCCGAAUGUCGCCGUCGACGAGCACAGUCCGGCUGUGAUUGCUGCCACCGAGACCUCGCGCCAGACUGUCACGUGGAAAGAGCUUCGGGAGCGCGUGAAGCAAUGUCAGGCUGGGAUGAUCCAGUUUGGACUGCACGAGGGAGACAGAGUUGCUGGCUAUGUCGCUAACCACACGGAUGCCCUGGUCGCCAUGCUUGCUGCAACUUCUCUCGGAGCCCUGUGGACCGCCGUCUCACCGGACACUGGUGUGCACGCCGUUCUAGAACGCCUGCGUCAGAUCGAGCCAGUGCUGCUUUUUGCCGACAACGCUUCAUUUUACAACGGCCGUAGCCAUCCCGUCGUCCCCAAAGUUCAGGAGAUCGUCGAAUCACUUCCUUCUGUGCGCGCCGUCGUCGUUCUACCUACCGUGUCGUCCGUGCAUGUCGACUUGGCUUCUCUCGAAGGCCCGUCGAGAAAAGCUUAUGCGUAUUCCACUUUCUCGUCGGCACCAUCCGCGGAGCUCGUCUUCAAGCAACUACCCCCAGAUCACCCCGUGUACAUCUUGUACAGCAGUGGAACCACCGGAGCACCCAAGUGCAUCGUCCACGGCGCAAUCGGCACCCUCAUCCAGCACAAGAAGGAGCACAUACUCCACUGCUCCAUCAAGCCCGGGUCACGGCUGUUCUACUUCACCACCUGCACAUGGAUGAUGUGGCACUGGCUCGUCUCCGGGCUCGCCAGCGGCGCCACGAUCAUCCUGUAUGACGGCUCACCCUUCCGCUACGCCUCGUCCAGCUCAGCCGACGCGUCGUCGUCGUCCGUCCCCGACGACCUCGCCAUGCCGCGCCUCAUCGACGAGCUGCGCAUCACGCACUUCGGCACGUCGGCCAAGUACCUCUCAGUGCUCGAGCAGAGGGACGCGCGCCCGCUGCGCGCGGCGCUGUCGCUCGCCACGCUCGAGGCCGUCUACAGCACCGGCUCCCCGCUGCCCCCCAGCACCUUCGCCUACGUCUACGCCGCGUUCCCGCCCGCCCUCAACCUCGGCAGCAUCACCGGCGGCACCGACAUCAUCUCCCUCUUCGGCGCCCCCUGCCCGCUCGCCCCCGUGCACGCCGGCGAGAUCCAGGCCGCCGGCUUGGGCAUGGCCGUCCGCGCCUGGGACUACCUGGGCGCCGACGUCACGGCCGCGGGCGAGCCCGGGGACCUGGUUUGCGUGCGGCCGUUCCCGUGUCAGCCGGUCAUGUUUUGGCCUAGGGGCGAGGUCGGCGAGAGGAAGUAUCGCGGGUCGUAUUUUGAGAAGUUUGAGAUGCCGGCGAAGGAUGGUGGUGGAUCCAUAUGGCAUCAUGGCGAUUUUGUCCGGUUCAAUCCGCAGACGGGCGGCCUCGUGAUGCUGGGGCGUAGCGACGGCAUCCUCAAGCCUGCUGGCGUGCGGUUUGGCAGUGCGGAGAUUUACAAUGUCUUGCUGGCGCAUUUCCCGGACGAGGUCGCCGACGCGUUGUGCAUUGGUCGCAGGAGGGAGGAGGACGCGGACGAGACGGUCGUGCUGUUCGUGAAGAUGGCAGAGGGGAAGACGUUUGGACCGGAGCUGGUGGAAGGCAUCAAGAAGGUGGUGAGGAAGGAGCUGAGCGCGCGUCAUGUGCCCGGUGUGGUGGAUGAGUGCCCGGAGAUUCCGGUCACGACGAACGGGAAGAAGGUUGAAGGCGCUGUCAAGCAGAUUCUCUGCGGCUUGAAUGUUAAGACGUCGGCGUCUGUCGCGAACGCUGAGUGUCUGGACUUCUACCGCAAAUGGGCGCAGACGCACUAG